UUCUGGGAAGGCUGUGACAUUAUGGUAACAUGCACCUGAAUGCUUCAGACCAGCAAACUGCCAAAACUUCUGCCUUUACAGAGGCGAUUACUCUUACAAAUGAUAAGUUAAUAAAGUGUAUUUAACAAGCAGCACCUAGUUGCUACUUGUCCUCUGAAGUCCUGUGGAAGCAACUUUAGAAAAGGAAGCAUAUACUUUCUGUUUCACAUGACCGGCUGUACUAGACUGGUUUUUUUGUUGUGUAUGAUUAAAGGGGGUGGAGGUGGAGCUCUAUCACCUCUGCUUGCCUUUUUGUAUUCACUGUACAGCACAGUAAGAGGGUAUUGAGAUAAGACACAAAAAUAUAACUCUUGCAGUAUCCAAAGCUGGUUUGCAGGAGACUGAAAGUCGUGUUGAUCAGAUCUCACAUCUGUUUUGCUCGUCACACAAAUGUGUUUUAAAUUAAAAGCAUUCUUUUGAUUCAGUAACUAGAAACAGUCAUCGAUUUCACUUUGACACUAUAGUCAGGCUUGCUUAAAAGCAGACAUCUCACUGUUACUGAGCAGAAAAGUGUGAGCUUAGUUAUUUUUCUAUUUAUGGUCCUUUUUGGCUUCUCGUCUUUGUUGAUCCCUAAGAGCUGGGCUGGAAGGGUUAAACAUUCAGCAAGACGUGGCCCCUCCCUUUUCGGCUAGUCCUUCUGCAUGCAAUAGGAGCUCGCUGUAUUUUCUAUUCUCCCCUCAUAAUGGCUGCAUGGCUGUCCAGUAGACUGGUGAAGAGAAAAUGCAGCUCACUGCUGCCAUGCCCCAUCUCCCUGGCCCCAGUCUGCUCCAGAGGGGUGGCAAGGGUCUCCCCUGCCUCAGGGGCCCUCUCCACCAUCCAGGAAAAGCCUCGGACAGUGGAAGAUCUCCCACAUGUCAGCUUCUUGGAGUUUCUUUGCAGAGUGGUGUUUCAGGGUUUCUACAAACGAAUGCAUGAGCUUCAGAUCUAUGAGAAGCAGCUAUAUGGGCCCAUUUACAGAGACGGACUCAGAUCAAUAUCCUUGAGCACCCCAGAGCUUUUGGCCGAGCUGCUGAGGAAGGAUGAGAAGUUCCCUUGCAGAGGAGACAUGAGUGUAUGGAGGGAAUAUCGUGACAUGAGAGGAUUUGGCUAUGGACCUUUUACAGAGGAUGGAGAGAGGUGGUACAAGCUGAGGGUGGUGCUUAACAAGCGGAUGCUGCAUCCGAAGGACUCGGCCCAGUAUUCCGGGAUUAUCAAUGAUGUGGUUAAAGACUUCACCAAGAAGAUGCGCAGUCUGCGCCAAUGCAGCCCAACGGGAGACUUUGUGACCAACAUUGCCAAUGAGCUUUAUCUGUUUUCACUAGAAGGAAUUGCCUCCAUAUUGUUUGAGACAAGGCUUGGUUGCCUGGAAGAGGAAAUUCCUGGUGGUACACAAGAUUUCAUCAAUUCCAUAGCCCAGAUGCUCUCCUACAACAUGAUUGUGUUUAUUCUUCCCAAGUGGAGCCGGAAUCUGCUGCCCUACUGGGGACGUUACAUUGCUGGCUGGGAGGGCAUCUUCAGCUUUGCCAAAACAUUGAUUGACAAGAAGUUGGAGAUGAUUCAGCAGCGGGUUGACAACAAGCAGGAUGUGGAGGGUGAAUACCUGACAUACCUACUCUCAAACACGCAGAUGAGCACUAAAGAUGUGUAUGGCAGCGUCACUGAGCUCCUUUUAGCUGGAGUGGACACGACCUCCAACACACUCACGUGGGCUUUGCACGAGCUGUCCAAGAACCCUGAUAUCCAGGAAAGACUCCAUAAAGAAGUGUCCACUAUGGUACCAUUAGACCGGAUCCCCACCGCUGCCGACGUCACUGGCAUGCCGUAUUUAAAGGCAGUUAUCAAAGAGACGCUGAGGAUGUAUCCUGUUGUUUCUAUGAAUGCGAGGAUCAUUGCAGAAAAGAAUCUUUCUAUUGGUGGAUAUGAGUUUCCAAAAAAAACGUCGUUCACCUUUUGUCACUAUGCCAUCAGCCAUGAUGAGGACACAUUCCCCGACUCAUUCACAUUUAAGCCAGAGCGAUGGCUCCGAGAUGGCCGUGAGAGGCCAAACCCCUUCGGCUCCAUCCCGUUUGGCUUUGGAGUUAGAGGCUGUGUCGGUCGCAGGAUUGCUGAGCUUGAGAUGUAUCUGCUUCUGUUUCAACUUAUCAGGCAGUUUGAAAUCAAACCCGACCCCACACUGGGAGAGCUGAAAUCCAUCAACCGCACAGUUCUGAUACCAGACAAACAACUAAAUUUGCACUUUGUGGACAGAAGAUAAGAAAAGACAGCAGACUGAGUGAUGGUGGUUUGUAUUAAGUCAGUGAGACGGGAGCAGUGGAUUUUAAACCUUUGUAAUCACAAAUUCAAAUGCUUAAACUCAACCAAUUUUAAAUGUUGUAUCAUCAAAGUAAUGCUAUAAGAGUUCAACUUAACACUGUUCCACUAUGUAUGUACUGCAGCAGUCAGCUUAUAGUUCUGUAUAUCCAUCCUCUCAUACUCUUUUAGUGUACUUAGUAUAGCUAAUUUUCAACAAUUGUCCCUUGUUGGGCUUACAUUCACAAUACACAGAGUUAAAACAUACAUUUUCAUGAAACCAAAAUACGCCAUGAAUACAACUACAAUUAACAGACAAUGUAAAAACAAACAAACAAACCCCACACAAAAAAAGAUUAAUUAAAAUCACUACAGCUCUGAUUUCCCUUUAACUAACAUUUAAACCUUCAAUGUAAAGGAACUAAUAUCUGUAAUCAGUUUGAUAUCAGUUGGAAGUGUGUUCCACAGAUGGCAAGCCUUUAUGGAAAAUGCUGAUUGUAAGACACUCUGGGACCAGCCUAUUUAUACAGUUGAAGGCUAAUUUAAGAAAACACAAAUGAUUGAAGCUCCUAAACUAAGUCAAUUAUAUUUCUUUAAAAUGUGACAAUGAUUCCACCGAACAGAUUUUUAUCCAUUAUUUUCAAAGAUUGAUUAUAUAAGGAUGCUGAACUGUAGAUGGUGCUGCUUGAGUCCAAACUGUCAUAAAAUGUGAAAAAUGAGAGAAUAUUGUGGAAUGCAUAGAUAACUGAGGUGCUGAAGUGGGUAUGUUAACUUAAAACAAUUCAGAUUAACCUUAACCAUCUUUGAACUCUUCUUUACAUGCUUAUCAAAUUUGAGAUGUGAAUCUAAAAUUAUUCCUAAAAACUUAAAAUCUUUAACCCCCUUUAUUUCUUCAUUCCUUAACUUGAUUUGAAAAUCAUCAGAUGAACUUUUUCUAAUAGAAAAACACAUCUAAACUGUUUUUUAAAAAUCAAUUCAAUACAAGAUGAUUAUUGUAUAUAUUAUAAUGCAAUGUAUGACAGGUUUUAUCCACCCGUGCAGUUUAUUUAGUUUAUUCAGUUAUUGUCCUUGUCAGGGUUGAGCUGGGGAAUGGGGAACUGGAGGCUAUCCCAGCUACCACAGGGUGGGAGGAAGGGUACAUCCUGGACACAUCGCCAGUCUGUUGCAGGGCUAACACAGAGAAUCCAACAACCAUUCAUGCUCACAUUCACACCUAUGAGCAAUUUAGAAUCACCAGUCAACUUAACCCCACCAACUGCAUGCCAUUGGACUGUGGAAGGAAGCUGGAGUACCUGGAGAGAACCCACGCAAACACAGGGAGAACAUGCAACUGCACACAGAAAGGACUCCAGCCAGCUGGUAGAGUCGAACUCAGGACCUUUUUUUGCUGUGAGGCAACAGUGAUAACUUCAUGAAAACCUUUAACUGAUUUAACACUUUUUAAAGGAAACUAAAUGACUACAACAUUUUCUUUGUUAGAAGUUUGGAGAAAAAGGAGCAGCAUGUGCUGGAAAGUGGGACAAGACAAAAAGAACAAAGUGAGCAUGAGAGAGAGACAGAGAAAUAAAAAAAGCUUUUUAAUCUCUAUAUCACCUUGUACCUAAGCCGCAUGUCUGAAAGUACUAUGAAAGUAUGUUAUGAAACCCAUGGUACACUCAAAAGACUGAAUGAGGUCAACUGUUCAGUUUAUGUUAAUUGUUUAUCUUCAUUUUACUCCAAUUAUAUAUCUUUGUUAAGGUAAAAUAUGUUUAUUUUUAUCAGGCUUAUAUUAUAUUAUUUUGGUGAGUGUAUGUGAUGUGUUGGUUGUCUCUUUGUUUGUUUGUACGGACAUACUGCAAAUCAAUUUCCCGUUAGGGACAAUAAAGUUACCAUUGACCACCAUUGAC